GGACUAUAUUUCACAGGUGGAUCCCAGUGCGAGUAUGGGACUGUCUGUCGACUCUAUCCACAGUUACAUUAUUAAUCAGAGCAGGAGGGUGCUUGGAGCCGAAGUCCCAGAAAGUUCACCCUGUGACUGUUUAAAAAAGGGUCCUGGACUCGUCACUGUCGCCCUCAAAGGCUUUAAGGAGAAGUGUGUGGACAGUCUGGUGUUUGAGACGCUCAUCCCCAAGCCCAUGAUGCAACACUACAUAAGUCUGCUUCUGAAGCACAGGCGGCUGGUUCUGUCGGGCCCCAGCGGCACGGGGAAGACCUAUCUCACCACCCGACUGGCUGAGUACCUGCUGGAGAAGAGCGGCCGUGAGCCCGGCCCUGGCCUUUUCACCACCUUCAACAUGCACCAACAGACCUGCAAG